CACGGUAGCCCGGAUGUUAAAUAAGGUGGUUCGGACGAUAUGUGUGUGGCAACCGAACUAAGUUGUAAAACUCAAUAGAACUUUUCAGCCCAGACAUUUUCACAUUUAUCCAAGAGGAUUAUGGAAGGGGAUGAUUUUAAGAAUGAGUAGAAGAGAGUGUAACUUCUAUUCCGUUUUUCAAGACUUUUACAGUUAGGCUACAGAAUACCCUUUGGAGAUCAAAGCAGAAGAAGAAAGCAACAUGGAUCGAGCAAAGGUAACUGGUACACCUUUAUUAAGCUGCAGCCAGACCCGUGGCUUGCCAGGUCUUCCUCCUCUACCAAAAGAUGCUGCUAGACAUCCCUCUGACCUCUAUCAGAUUGUUUUGAAGCACAGUGAGCAUCCUCCAAUCAUGCAAGGCAUGUCAUGGACGCUGGCUGCACCCUUCAAAGAACAGAAGUACAGCCGCACACCCAGUGAGUCCAUUGCCAACAACUACACACCCUCGGCCAACAAGCUGAACAUCAAGGCACUACCACGCAGUAAUCUGGCCCGAUCAGUCACACAGCCAAGCAUGACCAGGAAGAGAAGCCACUCACCUCAAAGAUCCCCACGCAGCCCUCAACCUGGAGACAUACCACCGAUAUCACCUAGAGCAAAGACGUUUGUAGGAAGACGUACCAAGACACAGUUAAAUGGACAUGCUGUUCUUCCAUCCAGCCGACCUAUGACCCCAAUGGAACAGAUGGAUACAAUGUUGAAGAUGGAGCAAGAGGAAGAUGCAAAUUAUGGGGAGCCAUCAGACAGAGAUAUGGCGAGAUACAAUUACUACAUCACCAAAGGCCUGACGGCAGAGAUGCUUGCCCAGCCACCAGAUAACAUGAUGAAUAACGUCAGGUGCUACGUGCCACAUGUACUCCUAGAGGAGGUGGGGCUUCAGAAACUACGAUGCAAUCUGGAGGACGAGAUCUACAGUGAUUAUGAGUUCAGCAGUAGGAAGGCCAUAGUUGACUACAUCUUAAAAGACCCUGAGGAGAAGUCCCGCCUGCACAUUGCCUGGAUCCCACGUCCAUUCCCUAGACGGAUCAUCCGUGCCCCUAUGCCUUGGCAUAAUUCCUAUCUCAUCAACAGAGACUGCAAUACAAACCACCUGUUCAUCACAAAUAACAUCAUGCUGGAGCUGCAGAACCUGUGGUAUGACAGGUUUUGCACAUUGAGGUUUGUUCGUCUGGAGGAUCUGCUAUCUGCUGAGCUGCCCCUUCUUCCUGACGAGUUUGAGAAUCUAGUCAAGAAACAAUGUGCAGAGGCAAGACAGGUGCUACAGUCAUCGUGGAUUCCAACCUGUGCAGAGAUCUUCAUGUCUAGGAAGGAGCUAUGGGGUCACUUGGUGCCACAGAAUGACAUUGAAUCUACUCACAGGGUGCAGGAAUUCUUUGCCUGUGUGGCAGCACUCAUGUCUAUUCAUCUCAGGAGUAUGGUCAUUAACUCCUUGGCAGACUUCCUCAGGUUCUUCCAGAUUCAUGAGAAUGGCAAUGAUUUUGCUGAUGAGUACCAGGAGUUACAGUAUGUGAUGGCUCAGAUCAUGAUUGUUAAGCUCAAGGUUGAAGAACCUCGCAUCAUUUUUGACCCUCCGUUCAGAGAUUGCAGAGACAUCAUCCUGAGAUGCUUCUCUGAGAUCAUUGCCAGUGCAGACCAGCUACAAAGGGUGGAGUGCGCCAUCUUCCCUCAGAUGCAGAAUCAACGCCUACUCCUACGAUCAGUCAAAGUGGAUGAGCCACUGGUUGAGGACUUCAUUGAUAAAGCCAUGCAGAUCUUCAAAUUCAACACAGUUGGACCCACUAGGUAUCUGAACACCUACAAGAAGUACAAUGACCUGCUGAACACCAAAGCAGAUGCUGACGUGGCAGCUUUCCUGAAGGAACGCCAUUCCUUGCAGGGAUUUGUCAAGAAGAUUGCUAGUUACCAGCAGCUGAAGGAUGAGAUAGCUUUACUCAGGAUCACUGUACCACUCAGUAUGUUCUGCUUGGACUGUCGUCUGCUCAAUGCUGACCUCUGCUCACGAGCACAGAAACUCAAGGAGAAACUCGUCCUGUUUGAAGUGGAGGAGAAUAGGAUGUUAAACAAAGGAAUCUGCCGUCGUUAUGAUGAGAUUGCGGAUCGUCUGGGUGAGAUGCCUAGUACCACCGCUGAGAUUGUGGCACUGUCUGACUUCCUGAGAGAGUCCAGUGAAGUCACUGUCUUCAAACUCAAGGAUGAGAUAGAUGAAGCUGCCAAUCGACUCACGUUUCUCCUGGACUAUGCAAACUUGCCAUAUGAAGACAUCAAGCUGAACAGCACAGUAUUUCACUGGCCAGAGCACAUUCAGACUGUCUUUGAGGUCUGUCGGAAUCGUCUCAUGACCAGACGAGAACAGGCUGAGGAGGAAGUCCGUAAGAAGGUCCAACGCUUUGAGGACAAACUCAACGAGUAUAACAGGGAAGUGGAGUCAUUCAGGAAGAAGGAGUUACGGGGAAAGAUGCUGAGCAUGGAUGAGAUGACGACCAACGUGAAUCGCCUGAAUGAGCUACAACAGCUUCUAGAAGCCUCACAGGAUGAGCUAGAUGGACUUAAUAAAGAAGAAGAACUGCUGGAAUGGGAGGCUAGUCAGUUCCCCAUUCUCACUUCCAUGUUUAGCGCCAAACAGCCAUAUGAUCAACUUUGGAACACUGCUCUCAACUUCCACACUAAAUAUGAGACCUGGUUGAAUGGUCCAUUUCAAGACUUGAAUGCCGAGCAGGUGAAUGAUGAGGUAGACAGCAUGUUCCGUACCAUGUACAAACUCAGCCGAUCCUUUGCUGACCAGCCCGGUCCUCAACGCAUCGCUAACAACGUCAAGAGCAAGAUUGACAAGUUCAAAGUUCACCUGCCUCUGUUGGGGGUCAUCUGUAAUCCUGGCAUCAGGGAUCGCCACUGGGAAAGGAUGAGUGAGGUGGUUGGAUUUGAGCUGAAACCCAAGCCAGAAUCCUCCAUGUAUCACAUGCUGGAGCUAGGACUGACUAAGCACAUUGACAAUCUUGAGGAGAUAGGAGCCGCAGCUAGCAAGGAAUACUCCUUAGAGAAAGCUAUGGAAAAGAUGAAGAUUGAAUGGGCAGAUGUACACUUUGAGUUUAUUCCAUACAGAGACACUGGCGUGUCCAUCUUGUCAAGUAUUGAUGAGAUCCAACUGCUUCUGGAUGAUCACAUUGUCAAAGUACAGACCAUGAGAGGCUCACCGUACAUCAAACCAUUUGAGAAUGAGAUGAAGGAAUGGGAGGAGAAGUUGGUGACAAUGCAGGAUAUCUUAGAUGGCUGGCUGAAAUGCCAAGCUACUUGGUUAUACCUGGAGCCUAUCUUCAGCUCUGAGGAUAUCAUGGCUCAAAUGCCUGAGGAAGGACGCAAGUUUGGCAUUGUAGACAGCUACUGGAAAGACAUCAUGGCAGAGUCGGUUAAAGACACCAAGGCUUUGGUGUGUACAGCCCAGCCCAACAUGCUUGGCCGUCUCAAUGAAUCCAAUCAACUCCUUGAGGAGAUCCAGAAGGGGUUGAACAACUAUCUGGAGAAGAAACGGCUCUACUUCCCACGUUUCUUCUUCCUGUCCAACGAUGAGUUGUUGGAGAUCCUGUCCGAGACCAAAGAUCCUAUGCGAGUCCAGCCUCAUCUCAAGAAAUGCUUUGAAGGUAUCUCCAAGCUGGAGUUCACUGAUCAGCAGGAGAUUGUCGGCAUGAUCAGCGCUGAGAAGGAAACGGUGCCAUUUGCCACCAAGAUCUUCCCUGCUAAAGCAAAGGGAAUGGUAGAGAAGUGGCUAUUGCAAGUUGAGGAGGUCAUGAUAUCCAGCGUACGUAAGGUCAUCCAGGAAGGCACGGCUGCCUAUGCCAACCUGCCUCGCAAUAAAUGGGUACUUGACUGGGCUGGCCAGGUGGUACUGUGUGUGUCCCAGAUCUACUGGACUGAGGAGGUGGCUAAGGCUAUCAAGGAACCCGGUGGCCUCAAGAAAUACCUAGAGCAGAGUAACAAGCAGUUGGCUGAAAUUGUCGACUUGGUGCGUGGUAAGCUGGAGGGAGGAGCUAGGGUGACCCGGGCAUUGACUGUCAUUGAUGUACAUGCUCGUGAUGUUGUGGAGCAGUUGGGCAACCUUGGUGUGGAGAGUACCAAUGACUUCAAUUGGAUCAGUCAGCUGCGCUAUUACUUCAAUGGGACGGACGUCAACGUUCACAUGAUCACCACUGAUAUUGCCUAUGGCUAUGAGUAUUUGGGUAACUCUGGUCGACUCGUUAUCACCCCGCUGACUGACAGAUGCUACAGGACAUUGAUGGGAGCAUUGAAGCUGAAUCUUGGAGGAGCCCCAGAGGGACCGGCUGGAACAGGCAAGACAGAGACUAGCAAAGACUUGGCUAAGGCUGUGGCCAAACAGUGUGUAGUUUUCAACUGUUCAGACGGUCUGGACUAUAAAGCCAUGGGUAAGUUCUUCAAGGGCCUGGCGCAGGCUGGUGCCUGGGCCUGCUUUGAUGAGUUCAAUCGCAUUGAGCUGGAGGUGCUGUCUGUAGUAGCCCAGCAGAUUCUAAGCAUCCAACGUGCCAUACAACAACACCUGAAGAAGUUCCAGUUUGAAGGCACUGAGCUGACGUUGAAUCCUACGUGUACUAUGUUCAUCACCAUGAAUCCUGGCUACGCUGGCCGCUCUGACCUACCUGACAACCUCAAGGUGUUGUUCCGUACCGUGGCCAUGAUGGUACCUGACUAUGGGCUGAUUGCUGAGAUCAGCUUGUACUCUAUGGGCUUUGUAGAUGCUCGUAGUCUGGCCGGCAAGAUCGUAGCCACAUACAAGCUCUGCUCUGAACUGCUGUCAUCCCAGCAUCAUUAUGACUAUGGUAUGCGUGCUGUCAAGUCUGUCUUGACAGCAGCUGGUAACCUGAAGCUCAAGUACCCUGAAGAGUUAGAGGCAGUGCUGGUACUCCGCGCCAUCAAAGAUGUCAACCUACCGAAGUUCUUAGCUCAGGACGUGCCUUUGUUUGAGGGUAUCAUUAGCGAUCUGUUCCCUGGUGUAGUUCUCCCGACACCAGACUAUGUUGUUUUAUUGGAGACACUUAAUGAGAAUAUCAAGAAGCUGGGUCUGCAGUCAGUCCCCUGGUUCAUUGAGAAGAUCAUCCAGGUGUAUGAGAUGAUGUUGGUACGUCAUGGCUUCAUGAUAGUUGGUGAUCCCAUGGGAGGCAAGACUAGUUCCUACAAGGUGCUGGCUAACAGCUUAGGAGACCUGCACACCGCUGGAUUGAUGGGGGAGUUCCGUGUGGUUCGUGAAGUUAUCAAUCCUAAGGCUAUCACUAUGGGUCAACUGUAUGGAUGCUUUGAUCCAGUGUCUCAUGAAUGGACAGACGGUGUGUUGGCCAACACCUUCCGUGAGCAGGCAUCUUCCCAGACUGAAGAUAGGAAGUGGAUUGUGUUUGAUGGCCCUGUAGAUGCUGUGUGGAUUGAGAAUAUGAACACAGUACUGGACGAUAACAAAAAGCUAUGUCUGAUGAGUGGUGAGAUCAUCCAGAUGUCCAACAAGCAGAAUUUGAUCUUUGAGCCGGCUGAUCUAGAGCAAGCAUCCCCUGCCACUGUCAGUCGCUGUGGUAUGAUCUACAUGGAGCCUCAUCAGCUAGGCUGGAAACCACUCAGGGAUUCCUACAUGGAUACCUUACCUGCUUCACUCAGCCAGGAACACCGAGAGCUGGUCAGUGAUCUCUUUGACUGGCUGGUUGAUGCUUGCCUUGAGUAACUCGUUCCCUGAGCGCGGCUCCAUCUUUGAUUACUACUUCCACAAGCAGUCCAGUGGUUCAUGGUGUGAGUGGCUUGACUACUUGGAUAAAGCCAAGCUCAAGAUCCCACCAGGAGCCAAAGUGAGCGAUCUGAUCAUUCAAACCAAUGACACUGCCCGUCAGAUCUAUUUCUUAGAUACCUACAUGACACAUGCCAAACCUUUGCUUUUUGUUGGACCUACUGGGACUGGCAAGUCAGCCAUCACUAAUGACUACCUGGUGGGAUUGCCCAAAGAACAUUACAUUCCCAACAACAUCAACUUCUCUGCACGGACAUCAGCCAACCAGACACAGGAUAUCAUCAUGUCCAAACUGGAUAGACGACGUAAAGGCGUGUAUGGCCCUCCUAUGGGCAAGAAGUGUGUGAUCUUUGUGGAUGACCUCAACAUGCCAGGCAAGGAGAAGUAUGGUGCCCAACCUCCUAUAGAGCUACUCAGACAGUGGGUGGAUCAUGGGCACUGGUUCGACAGAAAGGAUACCUCCAAACUAGAGAUGACUGAUGUGUUGCUCGUGGCAGCUAUGGGACCACCAGGAGGGGGUCGGAAUGACAUCACUGGUCGCUUCACCAGACACAUGAACAUCAUUGCUAUUGAUUCCUUUGAUGAUGCCACCAUGACUAUGAUCUUCACGGCCAUUGCUGAUUGGCACUUUGCUCAGGGAUUUGACUCAGCUUUUGUCAGACUUGGAAAGAUCAUGGUCAUGGCUACGCUGGGUGUGUACAAGGCCACAGUCAGUAAUUUCCUGCCCACUCCAUCCAAGUCUCACUAUGUCUUCAACCUGCGUGACUUUGCCCGUGUGAUUCGUGGUGUCCUCCUGAUCCCCAACACACACCUCAAGGAGGAUGACAAAGAUAAACUCAUCCGUCUCUGGAUUCAUGAGGUCUAUCGUGUCUUCUAUGAUCGGCUUGUGGAUGACAAGGACAGACUGACGUUCUUUGACAUAGUCAAGGAGAUGACACAGUCUCAUUUCAAGAUGAGUGUUGAUAAAGUACUGAGUCACCUGACACCGAGUGGAAAACUCAUCGAUGAUAACAUCAGGAGUUUGUUCUUUGGUGACUACACCAAUCCUGACAGCGAUCAGAAGAUUUAUGAUGAAGUCACCAACUUGAAGGAGCUGACAAGCACCAUGCAGUUUUACCUAGGAGAGUACAAUCAGAUCAGCAAGGCUCCUAUGAGUCUAGUCAUGUUCAAGUUUGCCAUUGAGCAUAUCUCUAGAGUCAGUCGUGUCCUCAAGCAGGAUAAUGGACAUGCUCUCUUGAUCGGUAUUGGAGGCAGUGGUCGUCAGAGUGCUACUAAGCUAUCUACCUUCAUGGCAGACUAUGAACUGUUUCAGAUUGAGAUCACUAAGAACUACACCAACAACGAGUGGAGGGAAGAUAUCAAAAAGCUGCUACUGAAAUCUGGUGCCGAGGGCAAACAAACGGUCUUCCUCUUCAGCGACAACCAGAUCAAAGAUGAGUCCUUUGUUGAAGACAUCAAUAUGAUCCUGAACACUGGCGAUGUACCCAAUCUGUUCCCUGCUGAUGAGAAAGCUGAGGUGAUUGAGAAGAUGCAGCAAGUAGCUCGGAUUGAGGGCAGGAAGAUUGAAGCCACUCCGCUGGCCAUGUACAACUUCUUCAUAGAGAAAGUCCGCAAGAACCUGCAUGUGGUGUUGGCUAUGAGUCCAAUCGGAGACACGUUCCGUAAUCGUCUCAGAAUGUUCCCCUCACUCAUCAACUGCUGUACUAUUGACUGGUUUCAGCCCUGGCCUGAAGAUGCCCUUGAGAUGGUUGCCAACACAUUCCUGGAGGAAAUUGAAGACAUGGAUGAUAAUGUACGCAAAGAAUGUGUCUUCAUGUGCAAACACUUCCAUGAGAGCGUACGCAAACUCUCAGAAUCAUUUCUGGACCAGUUGCGUCGCCACAACUACGUGACUCCAACCUCCUACCUAGAGCUGAUCCUGACCUUUAAGAAGCUACUGAACCUGAAGCGGGCUGAGAUUCUGAUGCUCAAGAAUCGCUACCUGGGCGGUUUAGAGAAACUAGCCUUUGCCUCCUCCCAGGUAGCUGUCAUGCAGGAGGAGCUGACGGCGUUGCAGCCUGAGCUGAUCAAGACCUCCAAGGAGACGGAGAUAUUGAUGGAAAAGAUUGAGCAGGAUACCGUGGAAGUAGAAGCACAGAAGGAGGUUGUAGCUGCUGAUGAAGCUGUAGCCAAUAAGGCAGCUGAAGAGGCUCAGGCUAUCAAGAGUGACUGUGAGAGCGACCUAGCCGAAGCCAUUCCAGCAUUAGAAGCAGCCCUAUCUGCUCUCAAUACCCUAAAACCUAGCGAUAUCUCUAUGGUUAAGGCAAUGAAGAACCCACCCAGUGGUGUCAAGUUAGUGAUGGAGGCUAUCUGUAUCAUGCGUAACAUCAAACCAGAGCGUAAGCCAGAUCCAUCGGGCUCAGGCAAGAUGGUGGAGGAUUACUGGGGACCCUCCCAGAAACUACUGGGUGAUAUGAAGUUCCUGGAUAUCCUCAAGGCUUAUGACAAGGAUAACAUCCCUCCUGCUGUCAUCAAGAAGAUCAGAGACAAGUACAUGCCUAAUCCUGACUUUGUGCCGUCUGUUAUUCGUAAUAUCUCCACCGCCUGUGAGGGUCUGUGUAAGUGGGUCCGUGCCAUGGACGUCUAUGACAGAGUUGCAAAGGUGGUAGCCCCAAAGAAAGCCAAGCUAGCUGAAGCUGAGGCAGAGCUAGCUGUACAAAUGGACAUGUUGAACACUAAGCGUGCCCAGCUCAAGGCUGUAACAGACAAGCUACAGGCCCUGAAUGAUGAGCUAGAUGCCAUGGUAGAGAAGAAAAAAGACCUGGAGGCUAACAUUGAGCUGUGCUCUCAGAAGCUGGUCCGUGCUGAGAAGCUGAUCGGUGGGCUGGGUGGAGAGAGGGAUCGAUGGAAUGAGGCAGCUGGUAUGCUAGGAGAGAAGUACAUUAAGAUCAUUGGUGAUGUCUUGAUCUCAUCUGGUGUAGUGGCUUACCUGGGAGCUUUCACUGUGGACUUCAGGCAGCAAGCGACAGAAGAAUGGCAGAGCCUGUGUCAGGAACGAUUGAUACCCUGCUCAGACACCUUCUCACUGAGUGCUACCCUAGGGGAACCAGUCAAGAUUAGAGCUUGGAACAUAGCCGGGUUACCGGUGGACUCCUUCUCUGUGGAUAAUGGCAUUAUAACGUCCAAUUCACGCCGCUGGCCUCUCAUGAUAGAUCCACAAGGUCAGGCCAACAAGUGGGUUAAGAACAUGGAGAAAGCUAACCAAAUGUCCAUCAUCAAGCUGUCUGACAGCAACUACGUGCGCAUCUUGGAAAACGCCAUCCAGUUUGGCAAGCCAGUACUGCUGGAGAACGUGGGUGAAGAGUUGGAUCCAUUACUGGAGCCGAUAUUGCUCAAACAAACAUUCAAGCAACAGGGAGUUGAGUACCUGCGCCUGGGAGAAAACCUAAUAGAGUAUUCCCAUGACUUCCGGUUCUACAUCACCAGCACCCUCCGGAAUCCACAUUACCUGCCUGAGAUCUCUGUCAAGGUUGUCUUGCUGAACUUCAUGAUCACCCCGUUGGGUCUGCAGGACCAGCUCCUAGGCAUCGUUGCUGCCAAGGAGAAACCUGAACUGGAGGAGAAAAAGAACCAACUCAUCCUGGAGAGCGCUGCCAACAAGAAGCAGCUCAAGGAGAUUGAGGAUAAGAUCCUAGAGGUUCUCUCCUCAUCUGAGGGGAACAUCCUAGAGGAUGAGAGGGCUAUCAAGGUGCUGUCAUCAUCCAAGACACUUUCUGAAGAGAUCUCUGCUAAGCAGGAAAUUGCCACAGCAACAGAGAAAGAAAUUGAUGAGACUAGGAACGGAUACAAGCCAGUAGCGAUACACUCAGCGACGCUAUUCUUCUGUAUCUCUGAUAUGGCCAACAUUGAACCCAUGUAUCAGUACUCACUCACAUGGUUCAUUAACUUAUACCUGCAGUCCAUUCAGAACAGCAAGAAGUCUUCGGAACUGGAGGAGAGAAUCGAAAACUUAAAUGAACAUUUCACUGACAGCAUCUAUAAGAACGUCUGCCGCUCGCUGUUUGAGAAAGACAAACUUCUCUUCUCCUUCAUCUUGUGUAUUGGAAUCAUGAAGAGCAGAGGUAAUGUUGAUGAUGAAGAGUGGAGGUUCCUUCUGACAGGCGGAGUAGCCCUGGACAAUCCCCUCCCUAAUCCAUGUUCUGAUUGGCUGAGUGACAAAGCAUGGUCAGAGGUAGUACGCUCUACCAACUUGGCAAACUUGAAUGGAUUUAGGGAACAUUUUGAAGAGAAUCAUGCCACAUGGAAGCAAAUCUAUGACUCGGCCACACCUAAUGAACUGAAAUACCCAGUACCCUAUGAUACAACCAGUGGCUUGGCACGCAUGGUCAUCCUGAGAUGCCUCCGCCCAGACAAACUAGUCCCGGCCAUCCAGGACUACAUUGUGGAUAACAUGGGGCGGAGCUACAUUGAGCCUCCAACCUUUGACCUAGCGGGGAGCUUUGCCGAUUCACACUGCUGUGCCCCUCUCAUCUUUGUCUUGUCUCCUGGUGCCGAUCCCAUGGCUGGCCUGCUCAAGUUUGCCGAAGACAAAGGGUUUGGUGGCAGUCGUAUCCAGACCAUCUCCCUGGGCCAGGGACAAGGGCCCAUUGCUACUAAGAUGAUAGAGGAUGCCUUGAAGGAAGGCACCUGGGUGGUCCUGCAGAACUGUCAUCUAGCCUCUAGCUGGAUGCCUAAACUAGAGAAGAUCUGUGAGGAAGUGAUCGUGCCUGAGGCUACUCAUAAAGAGUUCAGGGUGUGGCUGACCAGUUAUGCAUCAGAUGACUUCCCAGUUUCCAUUCUACAGAAUGGUGUGAAGAUGACAAAUGAACCACCCAAGGGAUUACGUGCCAACCUGUUGCGUUCCUACCUCAAUGACCCCGUAUCUGACCCUGAAUUCUUUGAGAGUUGUAACAAGCCUGAGAUUUGGCGGAAGCUGCUGUUUGGCCUGUGCUUCUUCCACGCUCUCAUGCAAGAGAGACGUAAGUUUGGUCCGCUGGGCUGGAACAUCCCCUAUGAGUUCAAUGAAUCAGAUCUCAGGAUCAGCAUGAAACAACUGCUGAUGUUCCUGAAUGACUAUGAUGAUGUUCCCUUUGAUGCUCUUACCUACCUGACUGGUGAAUGUAACUACGGCGGCCGUGUCACUGAUGAUAAAGAUAGACGUCUAUUAACAUCACUCCUGUCCAAGUUCUACAAUGAUAGGAUACUCGUGGAAGAAAAGUUCCCGUUUUCCGACAGCGGUGAUUACUACAGUCCAAUAGAUGGUCCAUACCAGGUCUACAUUGACUACAUCCGUAGUCUUCCCAUCAUUCCUCACCCUGAGGUGUUUGGUCUCCAUGAGAACGCUGACAUCACCAAGGACAACCAGGAAACACAACAGCUAUUUGAAGGCAUUUUGUUGACGUUACCCCGGCAAGCAGGAGGCGGUGGUAAAUCCCCUCAGGAGAUCAUUGAGGACUUAGCGGUUGACAUUCUAUCCAAACUACCCCCAGAUUACAACCUGGAGUAUGUAAUGGAGAAGUACCCAGUUGUAUACACCGAGUCCAUGAACACCGUCUUGCGUCAGGAACUGAUUCGCUUUAAUCGACUGACGUCUGUGGUCCGAAGCUCCUUACAGAACAUCCAGAAAGCCAUCAAGGGAUUGGUGGUCAUGUCAUCAGAGUUGGAAGAUGUGUUUGACAGCAUGUUAGUGGGCAAAGUACCAGCAAUGUGGGCCGCCAAGUCCUAUCCCUCACUCAAGCCGUUGGGAGGAUAUAUGAUUGAUCUCUUGGCUAGACUAAAGUUCUUGCAGGACUGGAUUGAUCAUGGAGUUCCCAAAUCCUUCUGGUUAUCUGGGUUCUACUUCACACAGUCCUUCCUGACGGGCGUGAGUCAGAACUACGCUCGCAAGUACACCAUUCCCAUUGACCACCUUGGCUUUGAGUUUGAAGUGACUGAACAUGAGGAGACAGUUGCAGAAAAGGCCGAGGAUGGAGCGUAUGUCUAUGGACUGUUCUUGGAAGGUGCUCGUUGGGACCGCUCACUCAUGAGACUCAAUGAAUCAAAUCCCAAGAUCCUGUAUGACACAAUACCAGUCACAUGGCUCAAGCCAGGCCGCAAAGCUGACUUCAAAACUGUCCCUACCUACACCUGCCCCGUGUACAAGACCAGUGCUAGACGAGGCACAUUGUCCACUACUGGUCACUCUACCAACUUUGUCAUGUUGUUGGAGCUACCGUCUGAUAAACCUCAAGCCUACUGGAUUAACCGUGGUGUGGCAUCAUUGUGCCAAUUGGAUGAUUAGGUUUGCAGUUGACGUCUUUCAUUUUGCAGCUAAUUGGAGAGAUGUUACGAGAAUUCCAGCCUGAUGCUCCAUACGUUUGUUGACGUUUUGUGUUACAAUUUCAAUUCCAGCAUUAUACAGAAUUUAGCCUCUUUUCCAUGGUUUUCAUUUCACUGUGUGUGAUGUAAUGAGCAUAAUAUGUUAAUAGGUGUGGACAUAUGAUUUUUAACGAUUAGAUUAUCCUGCCUUAUACUACAGAGAGUGUGUUUAUAUAUGUUGCAUCAUUUGAGAGGAAAAAUCCAUCACGACUUGUUUACAAAUUUGACUAGAUCAUUUAAAAACACAUUGAACAAAACGUUAUCCUUUUCUUUAUGUACUUUCAAACAUGGCUGAAAUUUAUAAAUAUGUAGUGAACUACUUGGACCUGUAACUGUGUUUUGGUUAUUUUUUUUGGGGGGGGGGGUCUCCGAAAUGAAGUACUUGUAGUAUAUAGUUUUGAUAUUGGCUUGCCAUGGGAGACACAUUUUACAAAUAAAUAUAGCUUGCUUAGUUUAAAUAUAUUCUGCAGUGUGUGAAGCAUUAUGUAUAUAUCUUUUGUACAUAAAUUGAAUUGGAAUUCCAAAUAUCCGUCCAACUUUUUAAUAUCAAAUAUCUAUAUUCUGAAUGCUAACACAAAAUAAUUAUAGCAAGUUGCUUGACUUCCAUAUUGAUUCCUGUUUGUAUAUUGCAUUUUUUUCCUGAUGUGAAUAUCUUUCAUAUUCAUUUUGUUUGGCAGUAUGCUGUGCUUUGGUUGUGGUUUGUUUACUUAUUAACAUACAUGUAUUGAUUGGAGCAGGUGCAUAUAAUCCCAUCCAUAUAGAAACACUAGGAUGAUAAUGCAAAUAGUAUAAUACUAUAUAACAAUUAGUCAAAGUGAAACUCCCUACCCUACCAUUACUCAUAUUUAUGACCAAUUCAGGCACAAAACAUUCUAAUUGUAUUCAAGACUUGACAGAACAUGACUCAGGUGACAGGAUUGUUGAUGAAAUAUUUGUGGAUAAUAAAUUGGAAGAACAAAAGGACUUUGUUAACUUGCACAAAUCAUAGCAGCGUUGAAAGUGAUUUGGAGUAACUCGUGUGAAAUGAUUGAUUUUCCAGCGUGUAAAUGACGCACAAUCCCUGUUGAAUUUUGACUGAACAAGGGUAUGUGUGUGUGUGCAAAUACUAUCAGAAAAAAACACCACCUACAGAAUUGAUUGAAUAGUUCACUGAAUAGACAUUUUGUGGUGAUGUUGUGAUUUUAUGCAAAUGAAUUAUUUGGGGUUACAUAUAUUGCUUCCUGGUGGUUAUAAUACAUUGCUAUACACUGUACAUAUUAAGUGUGUUUGACAAUAAAACGAUGUUUUCCUCAA